CGGAGGCCACGCCCCUCCGGGACAGCGCGAUGGCGGCGCGCGCCCGCGGCAGCACCUGAGCGCAGGAUGAAGGAGUGGUGGCUGCAGGUGGGGCUGCUGGGCGUGCCCCUCCUGGCCGUGUACCUGCACCUCCCUGCACCCCAGCUGUCCCCAGCGCUGCGCUCCUGGAAAUCCUCCGGCAGCUUCUUCACCUACAAGGACCUGAACAUCUUCUACAGAGAUUCCAGCGGCGCCGUCGGCAGCUCGGACGUCGUGGUGCUCCUGCACGGCUUCCCAACGUCCAGCUACGACUGGAGCAAGAUCUGGGAGGGGCUGACCCAGCGCUUCCACCGGGUGAUUGCCCUGGAUUUCCUCGGAUUUGGGUUCAGUGACAAGCCUAGGCCCCAUGGCUACUCCAUCUUCGAGCAGGCCACCAUCGUGGAGGGGCUGCUGCGGCACCUGGGGCUGCGGCACCAGCGCAUCAACCUCGUGGCGCACGACUACGGCGACACCGUGGCCCAGGAGCUGCUCCACAGGUAUGAGCACAACAGAACUGGGAGCAUCCUGAUCAACAGCCUCUGUUUGUCCAACGGAGGGAUUUUUCCCGAAACAAACUACCCCCGCUUCAUCCAGAAGCUCCUCAAGGAUGGGGGUUUGCUGUCCCCCCUCCUCCUGCGGCUCAUGAACUUCUUCCUCUUCUCUGGAGGGCUUGGGGCAGUUUUUGGGCCCUACACUCAGCCCUCGCAGGCAGAGCUGUGGGACAUGUGGACAGCAGUGAGGAACAACGACGGCAACCUCGUCAUGGACAGUAUUUUGCAGUACAUAAACCAGAGGAAGAAGCACAGAGAGCGCUGGGUUGGAGCUUUGAUGUCUACCUCAGUCCCACUGCAUCUCAUCUAUGGGCCCCUGGACCCUGUGAAUCCACACCCCAGAGUCUCCAGUUUACAGAAGGUGCUCCCCGUGUCCACAGUGUCUGUGCUGGAUGAGCACAUCAGCCACUACCCCCAGCUGGAGGAUCCCCUGGGAUUCCUGAAUGCCUACCUGAACUUCAUCAACUCCUUCUGAGCUGCUGCAGCUCCGUGCUCACAGCCAGGCUUUGGGGGCAGGAAAAAAAUAUUGAUUUUCUCUCCCCAACCCAACACUGUGCUCACAGCCUCAUCCUGGGCUGCCAAAUUGAGUGGAAGCCUUGGAGAGCUGGAAAAAUGAGGAGGAAAGCAGGGUUCUGACAGCUCCUCCAGCCCUGCCCUCCCCUUCUUGCCCAGCUGAACUCAGCAGAGGUUUAAAUCAAUGCAAAAUCAGAAUUUCUUGCUUCCUUCAUCAGCCUGACUUGGGAAGGAACAAACUCUUCAUCAGCAGGGAGAGGAGGAGCUCCCUCACAAAUCCCUCCAUCCCCUUCCCUUCCCAGUUCUCCCUGUGGGAUUUUUCCCAGUUUGAACCCAGGUUUGGUUAUUACCUGACAUAAAGCUCAGAGAAUUGAAUCUGCCUCAAGAGAUGGAGUUUAGUUCUCUCUCUGUACAUUGAUUUUUCUGUGUGGAAGAAGAGACAGUCGCAAAAAUAUUGCAAAUUUGGAGGUGUGGGGUGGUUUUUAACUGUUUAUGUUGGGAAUUUAAUAGCAUCCCUUUAGGAAUAAGGGGUU